AUGGAAUUAUUAGGGAAAAAACUGGGAAAAAUUUGGUACUCUUCUGCUGCAAACCCUGGAGAAAAGCCAAAAAAGACUAAGUUUGGCCCAUUGAAAGAUCAAGACCGUAUUUUUACAAAUUUGUAUGGACGCCACGACUGGCAUCUGAAAGGGGCAUUAUCUCGUGGUGAUUGGUAUAAAACAAAGGAAAUAAUUCUAAAGGGUCAGGAAUGGAUUAUAAAGGAAAUUACGACGUCUGGUUUACGCGGAAGAGGUGGAGCAGGAUUUCCCAGUGGUAUGAAAUGGGGUUUUAUGCGACAACCCUUUGAUGGGAGGCCAAAGUAUCUUGCUGUUAAUGCUGAUGAGGGAGAACCAGGAACUUGUAAAGAUCGUGAAAUAAUGAGACACGAUCCGCAUAAGCUUAUUGAGGGUUGUUUAAUUGCUGGUGUUGCUAUGGGUGCUCGAGCAGCGUAUAUAUAUAUUCGUGGUGAAUUCUAUAAUGAAGCUGUAAUCCUACAAGAAGCAAUACACGAAGCUUAUAAAGCAGGUUACCUUGGUAAAAACUGUUUUGGUACUGGCUACCAUUUUGAUGUUUUCGUACAUCGUGGAGCUGGUGCAUACAUAUGUGGAGAGGAAACGGCUUUAAUCGAAUCUAUAGAAGGCAAACAGGGAAAACCGCGAUUGAAGCCCCCAUUCCCAGCCAAUAUUGGUCUCUUUGGCUGCCCAACUACUGUAACAAACGUUGAAACAGUUGCAGUUUCUCCCACAAUAUGUCGACGAGGAGGUGCUUGGUUUGCCUCUUUUGGUCGCGAAAGGAAUCAUGGAACAAAGCUCUUUUGUAUAUCGGGGCACGUUGUCAACCCUUGCACGGUUGAAGAAGAAAUGUCUAUUCCUCUAAGGGAACUGAUUGAGCGACACUGUGGCGGUGUCAUAGGUGGUUGGGACAACCUCCUUGCCAUAAUUCCUGGCGGUUCUUCUGUUCCACUUAUUCCAAAAAGUGUCUGCGAUAAUGUUCUCAUGGAUUUUGAUGCGUUAGUGGAGGCUCAGACGGCUCUCGGUACAGCUGCAGUUAUUGUCAUGAACAAACAAGCAGACGUUGUGAAGUGCAUUGCGAGAUUGUCAUUAUUUUAUAGACAUGAAAGUUGUGGACAAUGUACCCCCUGUCGUGAAGGUACUAGCUGGCUGAACAAAAUGAUGUGGCGUUUUGUUGAUGGAAGAGCAAAACCAUCCGAGAUAGAUAUGAUGUGGGAAAUUAGCAAACAAAUUGAAGGACAUACAAUAUGUGCGUUAGGAGAUGCCGCUGCUUGGCCUGUUCAGGGAUUGAUUCGUCACUUCCGGCCUGAAUUAGAAGCUCGUAUGAUGAAGUACCAGGAACGUUUUGGUGAACUGGAUGAAAAGUGCUUAAAAGCUUCUGCGUCUGGUGCAGCUUAA